AUGUUGACUUAUUGUAAAUUGAUUGAUUUCAUUAGAAGUAAAAUUAUCGCAUCCAAAUGGAAUGAGGUGAUCGCGCUAGACUACGCGUACCGACGAUGCGAUGCCGACGACAAAUGCUGCGUCUUCUGGGUGCACGCCGACAAUGAAGCGACUUUCACGUCCGAUUAUAAGACGAUCGGGAAGAAGCUCGGGGUUGACGAGCGGCUUGACGGGUCUGACCUGCUAGAUGCGGUAUGCCGCGCAAUUGAAGCUCGAUCGAAAUGGGUGAUGGUCGUCGACAACGCUGACGACCUGAGGCUGUUCGGAGUGGGCCAACAAGCAAACGAUGAAGAGAUGAACGAUACUCUAUACAAAUAUGUCCCUCAUGGAUCGCAGGGGACGGUACUAUGGACGAGUCGAGACGCGCAUAUUGUCAGCACGCUUGUUGGAUCGCCUCGCGGUAUUGCAGUGCGCUCUAUGACGAUGGAUGAGGCGACGACGCUUCUCGCGAGGACAAGGGGUGAUUCGUCGACGGUGGAGAGGGAGGCAGAAGUAGACGCUUUGUUGGAAGAGCUGCAAUGCCUGCCGUUGGCAAUCUCGCAAGCUGGCGCCUAUAUGCGGCGGCAAGGCAAGACCCGAUGGGAUAUGCUAAAGGUUAGCGACGCUGACCGACAUCGACGGCCGGAGGUGUCGAACAGUGUGCUCGAGACGUCGAGGAUCUCGACGAAGCGGAUCCGAGCAGAAAGCGAGAUGUCGUACCAGAUGUUGCAUGUGGUUGCACAUGUUGACAGUCAGGAUAUACCGUACGAGCUGAUAGCGGCAGUUGCUGAUCGAUGCGACAAUGACAAGGCGGACUCAGUGAAACAGGUCACGGAGAUUGAGGUUCUAGAAGCCAUCAUGCGACUGAAAGAGUUUUCUUUCCUUAGCCUGCGUCAGACAGAGCAAGGCGAGCGAAGGUAUGAGAUGCACAAGCUCGUGCAAGAGGCCUUGCGAUAUGGGCUGAGAGUACGUGGCACAAUGGAGACAAUCCCGGGCGAGGCGCUGAGUAUCGAGAACGAGUCGGAAAACAGUGAAGCAUACUAUCCUGGCACAACUCUGCAGAUUGUAGAUGGCCUAUUCCCACCAUCAGAACCGAGUUCAUGGGCACGAUGCGAGCAGUACAUGAAACAUGCUAUACGAAUGGGGGAGUGGGCGGAGGUGAGCAGGAUGGAGGUUAAGGCAGCGACUCUGCUUCAGAGAGUAUCGUAUUUUCUGUACGAUCGAGGGCGGUGGAGAGAGAGGGAACCAGUGGAUAGUCGUGCAUGGGUUCUCCGACGGAAGGUGCUUGGGGAGAAGCAUCCCGAUACGAUCAGGAGCCUGGCGGACCUCGCGACGACGUACCGUCAGCGGGGCCGAUAUGAUGAGGCCGAGAGAUUUAAGGAUGAAGUACUGGAUCUCCGACGAGAGUUGCUUGGGGAGAAGCAUCCGGAUACGAUCAGGAGCAUGGCGGAGCUCGCGACGACGUACCAUGCUCAGGGCCGAUAUGAUGAAGCUCUUCAGCUUCAUCAAACCGCCUUGGACCUUCGCCACCAUGUGCUUGGAGAAAACCAUCCGGAUACGAUGCAGAGCGUGGCAUACCUCGCCUCCAUACGCGAGGCGUUGCAACAGUUACCGUCGCUUGUAUAGCCAGUCCAGUCUUUGGCGGUCACGCAAGUUUACGAAUCGGAGGGAGAAGGAAAGCUGCACGGGAAGCUCGGGCGCUUUUGCAAAUGGAGAUCCCACAAGAGUAAGGGCUUUGAUUGACUUCUGUUUCUAUUCAAGGGUCUACAUCUGCCGUGGCGUAUACCGAACUAGCUGCCAUAGUAAUCAACAAGUAUUUUGUGUGUUC